AUGAGUCAUCUGUCCUUCUGGACCAGGAACGAUCUACCGGAUAUCCGGCUGUCCGGGGAAAGACGUGCGCAUGCGCAGGAACCUCGAAGUCAAGGCAACGGAUUCUCCAAAGCUGGCAAUCUGAGGCAACGGAAGACGCCUGCCAACCUGAACAACUCUGUAACCAUGGACGUAGACGUUGACAGCGAUCUACAGUGUCCAAUAUGUCUGGAACUGUACACGUAUCCCAUCAUCCUGCCAUGCUCGCACGUGCUUUGUCGCUCUCCGUGCGCGGAACAUUUGUUCGAUUUCAAUUUUAUCCGAUGUCCGGUGUGCCGGGAUAACUGCUACGUCAGUGGCGGUAUAUCGAGUCUACCACGAGUUAUUGCCCUUGAGAAUAUCAUCGAACGAUACAAAAAAGAGCAAAAGAAAGACAAAUCGGAAGUGGCGAAAUCUUCUGCUUCUCCACAGCCAAAGCAGACGGCAGUUCAGGCUGCUUCCAAUGGAUCUAAUGAGGAUUUAGCCAAAUCUUUGACUUUAUUAAACAACAGUGUAACUGCAUUAACAUCACUUGCAUCUUCAUUCAAAACAUCAGAGUCGGACGUAAAAUGUCAACAUUGUAAAAGUGCUACGGUAAAACGCGCCAAAAAGUUUUGCACAACAUGUCGUAAAUUUUUCUGCGCGACCUGUUUACGAUUGUCGCAUCCGAAUAAGGAACCCUUCAUUAACCACGAAUUCGUGGAUCCAGGCUCCGACAGAGCCGCUUCCGUUUCCGACCAUGUAAAAGCCACCGGAAGUGCUAAAGUCGGAAUCUCGAAUCCUUCUUCAACGAUGAAAUUUAUCGUGGACGCCUAUUGUAUGUUGUGUACUCAGCCGUUUAUCUCGAGUUCCGACGAAGGUAUUAUACACACCGGACAUCCGGUUGUGCCAGUUGAACAGGCGUACCGAGAAUUUAAGACAUGCAUGGAGGACAAUAGGGAGAAGCUGGUGGACAGUCAGUCGAAGGUCAUGACGACCUUGAAGAACCUCAAGGACGGACUCAAGGACGUACAGCACGUGCUCGCGCGGCGUCGCGACGAGAUCAACAUGCAGUGCGACGCUCUCCUGGCGGAAGUGGAGAACAAGCGCAGCUACUUCCUGUGCGACCUUGAGUAUGAGGAGAGGAUCCACCAGACCGGACUCGAGGACAGCAUCAAGACGCUCGAGAAGGUUCUCGGCGCGUCCCAGGGUCUUCAGAGUUACGUCAAUGACGUCAUGACGUCGGAUAAGGUUCCCUUCCUUGAGGUAGCGAACACACUCAAUGACAGGAUCGUCAAAGCGUCUGUUGACUGUGAGAAUGCGUCCGGUGCGCAGGGGCCGGAUAUGGAAGUGAUACACGGGAAAGUUGUUGACUGCAGACGUGAAAAAGUCAUAUUGCGCGAACUUAGUUUUUUGUGUCCUCCAUCGACGCCUAUCGUUGACGUGACCCGUUGCUCCCGCAGUGAGAACGUCGUGGUGUUGGCUCUGUGCCCCCCGAGCAGCGUCCACGAGGUGGUGGACCAGUAUGAGGUGCACUUCUGCUCAGAGGAACAGAAGAACAUCCAGCUAGAGGAAACGGUGGUAGUGAAAAACUGCGUCGAGGACAGCUGCUCCACGAAGAUCUCCGCGAACGCUUCCGGAAUAUUGGUGCUUUUACUGGAGAAUCUGUGUCGCUCCACGACCUACUACUUCUGCCUGAGCUCCGGAAAUGCUGCCGGGAGGUCUGGAAGUUCCGAGGUCGUCCAGUGCACCACCCUAGCCGAGGGAGAGAAUGUCAUACCUGCGCCUGUGAUUAUCGAGCGGCUCUGCAAGCGUUUCACGUCUUCUAUUCAAAUCUUCUCGUCCAGUCCCGUGGAUGUCGCCUCGGAGCAGAAAAUCUCGCAUUUCCUGUUAUAUCGACAAUCGCCCCAAAACCGGGUUUGGAAGUGCAUUUCUAUGUACGGGCGGGAAGAUCAUCGGGUUUUCGGACUAGAGCCGAAUUCGGAAUACGAGUUUGUGAUAUUGGCGUAUAAUUUGCGUGGCGAAUGUAGACUGUCGAACAAAGUAGUUCUAGAGACGACCUCGUCCGCUGCAGGGUUUUAAGAUAAUAUCAUAUAUAUAAGAAACAUUUUUGAAUAAUUGUUCAGUUAAGUAGUUCCUGAAAAAAAAUGCCGUUCAAUGAUAGUGUGAAAACAAAUAUUGAAGUGCUCAAAAUGUCACGGUAAUAUAUAUGUGUAUGCCUCUGUCUGUAGAAGUCGGCGUAUCAAAGUCGCUUUUUCCGUCUGUCUGUGCGUCUGUGUAAAACAGUUCGCACAAAUGUCAACCUUCACAAGAUGAUGUGUCACGUGUAACACUCGUCUCUCAACCACAAAUGUCAAGGUCACACGAAGAGGACAAAGAGGACACGAAGAAGUCAAAGGUCAAUUUUCACUAUGAAGCAGCUUUCUGUAACAUUUUUUAGAAAAAAAAGAAAAUGGGUGCAUCUGUUCCCGAUGGACACAUGUCUUGUUUAACAAUAUUUUGAACGACAUAUCAUAACGUCACAGCCCAUCGAUUGCUUUAGAUAAUCAGCGCGUUCCGAUAAAAACAAUUGCGUAUGACAGGAACCAAUGUGAAUACGACAUGGGCAUUACUGAAGAGGGGACGAAUAUUGGUUUGGCUGUUCUUUUGAAUCUCCGCUUUUUAUGUGCGUUUUGUGAGGUAUUGGUGUUUACUGUAUUAUAUUCAUACUUACAAAGUAUUGACAUCCAAAUUUUAUUGGAUACAGUACAUUUUAUGCUGUGCCUGCCACUAUUAUAAACUUGGUGCUUAGUUAUAAAUAUUAUAAGGAAUUGUUGUUAUUUAAUCCGUCCGUCAUUCUUGUUUUAUUACCUCUAACUUUAUUUGAAUAUAGUGUAUACAUCAUUAUUACAAAUGUCUUAUUAACAGUUAGUCGUAAACAACUCAUUAUUGUGAUAUUGCUCGAUGUAACGAUUAAGCAUUAAGGGUGUAGAUUCGGGAAAUAUUAUCAAGAAACAAACUCGUGGUGAUAUAAGUUUCAUAAUAAUUCGGUUGAGAUGUAUGAAUAAUAAUAUUAGCAUUGUGAGUUACACAUUGUUGUUAGUCAUGUUUAAGAUAGGAACUGUUCAGAAAGACAACUGAAGACGUUUGGAAGUUUAUCCCUGCCUGAUGUUACCGCCCCCCCCCCCACACACACACACACGCGCACGCGCGCGCUUCUAACUGCAUGUCUUAUAUACUCUGUUGCUAUACAUUUCUCAAUGUUAAAUUCCAUGACCGCACUUCAAUUUUUAGCUGAACUCGUUUUUAUGGUCAUUUUAUUUCUAAAUAAUUGUCACGAGAGACUUGGUAAAACGUACUGUGAUAUCACAUAUUAAAUAGUUUUACACAUUAUGCAUGUAGCAGAUGUAGAUAGAAUAUUUAUUUAAUUUAUGUUAGAAGGUAUACUGUUUAUGACUGAAUAUUUAUAUCGUUUUAUCAGCGUGCUUGAUCUUUUGCCUCAUAAAAUCAGUAUUUUUCUGUUUGUCUGUACGCCUGCGUCCACAUCCACUAAGCUAGUCAGUGUAGAAGCACAUUGUCAUUUUUAUAAUGUGAGCUUCAUAUGCCUAUGGGAUUUUUUGAAUAUUUAAAACAAUUCAAAUCUGUGUGCAUUUUGGUUCUGUUUCUUAAACAGCACAGUGUAUGUGUAAGUGUGUGUGAAUGCUAUUCAGCAACCAAAACUGAUUUGUAUUAUAUGUAAUAAUUUAAAUAAAUCAAAUCACAGUACAAAAAUACAAACGAAUUCUAUAUUUAAUGGACGUAAUCAACAUGUAUUUACUAUAUUUUAAUAACAUACACUUUUAUAUAGUAAUCUAUGAUUGGAGGAAUCUGAAUUGCCAAUAUCUGAAUUGCCAAUUGCUUGUAUUUUUCCAAAUAAAUGUUAUUUUGUAUCGCUUACGUACAUGUUUACUUCGAUGUGAGCUGUUUGAAAUCGAAACAAAAAAUCGAAAUAUUUGUUUUAUGAAACACAUGUUUGUAUGAGAUGUAUAUGUACCGACAUUGCAGUUCAAAGUAUCUCAAAUGUCGCCGUUUUCUAUUAGAGAUUUGGAUCCCAUGCACGUGUUUUGUUUGUUUUGUGUUUUGUUAUAUCACAUACCACAUAGUUUAUAGGAGGUGUAAUAAUGUUUUGAUGUUAUUUCGUGAUAUGGGCGGUGCUUUGUGAAAAUGGGGUUUAAUGCAUGUGCGUAAAAUGUCGCCUCAUAUUAGCCUGUGCAGUCCGCACAGGAGAAUCAGGGAUGACACUGUCAGCUUUUAUGAUAUUUUUCGUUGUAAUUAAGUAUUUUCUUAGCAAAAUUCAAGUUCAGACGGAACGCGUCGCCCCUGAUUAGCCUGUGCGGACUGCACAGGUAAUCUGUAACGUCACUUUACGCACAUGCAUUGAAACCCCUUUUCACAGAGCGCGGCUCAUUUAUAAAUGUCACCCACAGAUCUUGCUCGAAAAGUUUGUGCCAUUGUAGAUGUUUUUAAUAAAUCUGAAAAAAGUC